AUAAGAACUUGAAUUUCCAUCGUCUACAGGGAUAAAAACAAAAUUUCACAAAUAAUAAAUAAUACGAAAAUCAAGAUAUUUCGGAUUUGUGAGAAAAAAGCGAGCCAAAAACUCAUAUAAAUAUAAACCGUAACAUGGAAUAAAACCCUAAAAAUUUCUUUUUUAACUUUUUUGUUUUUUCAAAAGCAAUACGAAAAUGGAGGGACGGGAAUAGAAUUAGAAUUUACACAACCAACGCACCCAAAUCGUCGUAAUCUUCAUCAUGGAAAACCAAAACGAAAACCAAACAUGGAAUACCUGGGAGGAGCUGUUGCUGGCCUGCGCCGUCAAGCGCCACGGUUACAUGGACUGGGACUCCGUCUCGAUGGAGAUUCAGACCCGGAGCUCUCUCCCGAAUAUCCUCACCACCGCUAACCACUGUAAACUCAAGUACCAUGACCUUAAACGACGCUUCACGACACCGCCGGCCAAGUCGGAUGAUGAACUGGUGGCGGAAGGGGAAAAGGUUGACGACGUCCCCUGGCUCGAAGAGCUGAGGAAGCUCCGCGUUGCCGAGCUGAAACAAGAGGUCCAACGAUACGAUGUUUCCAUCUUGUCUUUGCAGUCGAAAGUGAAGAGACUGGAGGAAGAGCGAGAACGAGAGCAGGGAUUUCGAGAAGAGAACGGAAACAUACGAGAGAAACCAGAUCUGGAAGAAGAGAGAUCAGAAAACGACAAAAGAGACGACGAUAAAGGUGGAGAGCGAGAGGAGAUGCCGGUGAGAGUCGAGAACCGGAAGUUGAUUCCCGGAGAGGACUCCGACCGGGAAAACCGGUCUGUUAACGGAUCCAACUCAACCUGUUCGAACCGGAAAGCAAUUCAAAAGGAAAUGGUCAAGUCCGAACCAGAUCCGGUUCGGACCAGUCAUGUGGAGCCUCAGCCGGUUAUGAGCGGUUCGAACUCGAAACCGGAGGGAGAAGAUGACUCGGUAACGCAGUUCAGCAGUGACGUACAGAGCUCGGCGAGUUUAGGAAGCAAGAGGAAGCGGAAGGUGAGGAAGAGAAGGAGCGUUUCCGGUGAUAGCGUCAAACCAGUGCCUGUAAAAUCAGAACCGUUGAUUCAGGUUUUGGAUUUGAUCAGAUCAUCUCAACAUGGUUCACUGUUUGAGCGCCGCCUCGAAAGCCAGGAAACAGAGGAUUACAAAAACCUCAUUAAGCAGCAUAUGGAUCUGGGAAUAAUACAAGAAAGACUGGACCAAGGCUCUUACAAAUCUUGCUCCCUUUCAUUCUACAGAGACCUUUUACUUCUCUUCCACAAUGCCAUUGUUUUCUUCCCCAAAUCCUCCCAAGAAUGGCUUGUCGCUUGCGAACUGCUCACCCUUGUUUCAGCUGAAAUAAAAAAAGAAACCCAGAAAUCUGAUUCUACGCAGAAAACAGCCAGUGUUCCCACCCAACCAAAACAUGAACUCGAGAAGUCCGAUUCAUUGCUUGCCAGACAAAAAUCUUCAGCUCCCAUUGUAGUUUGUCGCAAACGUAGCUCAAUCUCAUCCAAGUCUUCUCUCUCAUCUAGCUUUGCUAAGAAGGUUGAUCCACUGGAAAGCCGAGAUGACAAUGAGGACGACGACAACAAAAAACCAGCUCCCAAGACGAAGCCAAUUGUUCUUGAACAACAAAGUUUGCUGGACAUCAAGCCAGAUUCCAAGCCUAAAACUGGUACAAGAAGCACUAGAAGAGGCAGCAAGCUCCUCAGCGCCAGCAGUGCCACUCCAAACAAGAAGCAAAGCACAAUACUCACAGGUUCCAAAGCAGCUUCAAACGACAAGGUGGAAACUGUUAAAAGUGAUAAGAAGAAAGCUGAGGCAUUGGCAUUGGAGAAGAAGAAAGGCGCAGCAGAUUUCUUGAAGAGGAUUAAGAAGAAUUAUCCGCAGGAAACGUCAAAGAAAAGUAGCAGUAAAGGAGGUAAUAAAAAAAGCAGUGGUGGUGAGCAGAAGAACAAUAGUGGCAAGAAAGACAAAGGGAAGGACAGGAUGAGCAGCGAUAGAAAACAAACGAAGGACGAAGGCAGUCUAUCAAAGAGGAGCGUUGGGAGGCCACCGAAGAAAACAGUGGAGGCGUCUACAGUAACCGGGAGACGCAGGAGGGAAAGUGAUGGAAAUGGGGUGAAGGAAAUGAAGCGACCUACAAAAAGAUCCAGGAGGUGAUGAAAUACCUCUCCUUGUGUAAAUUAUUUUAGCGGGGAGAUCACUAGUGAUUUAUUUUUUCUAAUAGACCUUUUGGUUUGGUCUAUUAUUAAAGAUCUCUAGGCUUGCCACUAGGGCAAGUCUUAAUCUAUCUUUUGUAAGAGUACUGUUGUAUCAAUAUCAUCCUCUUCUAGAUUCUUUUUAGAACAGCAGUCAUUCCACAUUAGAAGGGUAGCAGUCAGUUGUGCUACAAUUCCUGUAGCAUUUCUCCAAUGUAUAUAAUAUGCUCAACACACAUACUGACUUCAUAACCAGGCCUGGUUUGGGCUUGUAAUAGAAUAAUAUGAUUGUGCA